ACUUAUUUGGACGUGAAACGGCGAGUACAAGUCUGUGUCACACGCACCGUGACACUUGACCCGCGACCUCUGAAGGUCUAUCGUUUCGUAAAGGUUAGCCCCAGUUAGUGUGUCAUUAUAGCUUUAGAUUUGAUUGGAAGGAUAUUUCCGAGAUAUUUUUCCAAGUUUGCACGGUGAUAUACGAAUCGGUAUUUUUGGGUGUUAGAGCUCAUUCGGAUCUACAGAGAAAGCUGAAGGUGUUAGAGUGAAAUUGUUUACCUUUCCCGGCAGUGACAGUCACUGACGAACGCAGGGAACACGACCUGCGUGUAUUGUUACGGUGAUUUUUAGACAGUUUUGCACUCGCCGCUGUCGACCCCUUUCGAAGCGAUCGACGGUGUAUCCGCGUAUCAAAAGCAGACCGCAGUCGAUCGCGUAAUCUGUGACGUAGAUUGGAUAAUACAGCCGCGUGACGGCGUCCGCUGAAAGUGCAAGUGGUAUGCCUUGAAAAUAUUUACUAUCUGGAAGGUGGUUUUAGCUACUAGCGGUGUUGGUGUUUGUCGUGGUUGACCGUACCCGUGUGUGAGUGCUCGCGAUCGAGAGAGAGAGAGACUGUUGAUCGCACCAGCAAGCGGAUUGAAUAAUUGGGUGGGAAGUGCGUUGCCCGAGUCUCGUAAAAAGUUGUUUUAAGAAGCAAGUGCAAUAAAGUUGAUCAACUCUAAAUUUGUAUGUUUGUUUUUCAUCACUAUAUCAAAGGUGCGAGUGUUUUACAAGUUUUGCUGAAUUUAUUUUCAAUCUGGCAACGAGUCGAAGCCGCAUCACCUUUAGCUUGGCCGCCCCGGCAUCGGAAGUGAAUGCCGACACGUAAAACAGCCAUAAUGCAACGACCGAUUAUUUUGCUGCCGCUGCUGGUGCUCGUGCUCCUAGCGGAUCACCAUGCCGAAUCGGUCGGUAUUCCGAUGCAAGGGGUGGUACGAUCCCGUUACCCGAGAAGGGACAGCAUUGCGGCUUACAAUAUUCACAAGUCGUUUGAACCACGGGAAGUGAAUGCUCUGAAUGCGCAAAUGGCUCGAAAGGCCAUGGUUGAUGUCCAGCAGACGAUCUCGGAAGUGCAACGCCUAUUGGCUCUGGAUCCUGCCCUCCCUAGGCUGACUAAGGGAGAAAUUGAGGAAUUAUUCGAGAAUGUGACCAGGGAAGAGCUGGAAAAAUCGAUACGUGAAGGUGAUCAUAACCGAGCGAAGCACAUGCGGGCGUUGAUGUUGGUCCUUCCGUACCACGCGAACAAUGUGAAUCCGGACAAUGUGGAGGAUAUUUAUACUUUGCCUCCAGUGACGAAAGUGGUUGGUCCCGAAGGAGCAUCUUCAAAUAAGAUCGAAUCCCUCGGUGCUACGGGUAGGCAGAUUGCAACACCCCCUACAACAACAACAACGGCAGCAGCAGCAAAAACAACCCAAUUUCCAGUUUUUCGUCACCGAAGUACCUCGGAAACGACCAACCAAAAGCCACUUUCCACGACACAAAUCCCCAUAACAACAAUCCGUUUCACAACUCCGAAACCCACAACAUUCCAUCCGGCGCUGGUCAACACAAUCCGAGAGGAACCUAAACCAGCCAGCACGACGCCGGAAUCCUUGAACAAAGCAGAAAUCAACAGCAUUCUAGCGUCGAUCGGUUUCGGAAAUGGACCUCCGCCAACGUUUCGACCUCUACCGGCGGGAAUGACCACUCCAGUUGAAAUGUCCCUCACGACAGCAACGCGUGGACCCUUCACUCCUUCGGAAAGCGCCGAAGUUAGUGAUGACCUUAAAAUGCUUCUUCGAUCCUUCGGAUUGCUUCAGGAUGGUAGCGAGUCAGUUGGAAUUACAAAAAUCCCACCGGUUAAAUUUCAGGAAAUUCCCGAAUAUCUUUCCGAUAUAGAACCAGCGAACUCAAUCAACAACGAAACUCCGCAGGUGGAUGAACCGGAAAUUCCAGCGAUGGCAAAACCGGACAUUAGACCUGAUGACUUUGUGGCAUUUAAACCGCUUCCAGACGAUGUUCCUUUGCUUGAUGGAGAGCUGGAUCAGCUGCUCAAAUCCUUUGGGUUGUUGGAUAAUAGCGAUCGGAAGAAGAAAUCGAUGAAAGAGGAAACUACGGCCUCCCCAGCGAUAACUAAAUCAACAGCCAUGGAAAUCGUCCCCAUGAUCGAUCGAGACUUGGUGCCACAAAUGGGUCCCAUUCUCGAAACGCUCGGUAUUCAAACUAUGAAACAAGAACGCAGCGGCCGAAAAUUUGAAACCGACAAAAACUCCAACGGUGUGGAAGUGAAAUCUAGCCGACUAACAACCACCAAAUCCUCCAAGAAGAAAAUCGACAACGAAGACUACCGUAAGUUAGAACAGCUGUGGGAAACGAUUCGUGAACUGGAGAAGCUCAACACCAACCUGACCGAUGAUUCGCUUGAUUCCCUCAAUCUACGUAAUUUCAACCUAAGUGAGUCUCUGCUAGCUCAAGGUCCGAAUCCAUUGGAAAGUUUCAAACCAACCCGUAAGAACGACAUCAAAAAACGUCAGCAACCAACGCAAACCAGACAAGCGAAUUCACCAACCCGAAUAUCACUUGGUUUCGGUACGGACAAUUCCACCGUUGCUUCCAGUCAAGUGGAAGUCCUUUCCACCACAGCGAACCAAACCCAAUCGAUCAUCGACGUCGAAUCCGAUGCCGACCCACCGUCCUCCUCCUCUACCACUGCAUCAUCAACGACAGUUUCAGCGUCACCAUCAUCAACGACUACAAGAGCGUCCAGCGCUGGCAGUGCCAAAUCCGGUGCAGAUCCCGCCCGAAUAUCAGCUCUGGAGGAUUCCUUCGGUGGUUUGGAUCCGGUAGAGCAGCAUCCAUUACCACAGCCGAGCCGGAAUGGAUUCUAUUUCCUCGCCGAUUGGAACUCGUUCCUGGAGGUGGGCGAAGACCCCAACAAAGUGAUCAUAAACUUCCGACCGCGCGCCGGUGAUCCCAGCCGGUUCCUGCCGGUCAACGUGCCGUAAUGGAGGAUGAGACUAAUCGAAAUUUUUACGUAGCGAAAAUUGUUAGUUUUGAAGGAAUUUUUCUCCGGCAUUUUUUUUUCAGCGAAACGUAAAAUACAUAAAAAAAUUCUCAAAAUGCCCACAAAUGCUAGAGCUCUGUGACAUUGUGGCGAAUUUUUACUCUAGAUAAGGAUUAGGGUCCUAGAUUGUGGGGGAUGAAAAUCUGGUAAGAAAUAUGGGUUCGGUAACCGUAAUGAGAAUAGGUUUUAGGCUUACUAAAGAACAGUAUUUCUUAAAUCGCGCAAGCAGAUUUUCGAAUCGUACCAUUUGCUCAAUUAACUUUUCCAACGGACGUAGCAAUAAUUUACGAUAGUUGUAUUACAGUAAAUUUCCAGCACUUUUCGGAAAUCUUUUGAAAUUUUAACCGCAAACCAACGAAAUGAUGAUUUUUGUUUUCUUCAUUUCUGUAAAUAAAUCUACAUAAGCUUCGUAUUUAUUUGUACAUUCAGUAGGCAAAAGAGGGUGACAUAGAAAGUGUGGCAAAUAAA